UAUAUAACUUCGGUUUACUGUCAAACUUAUUUUGAAAAUAAAAAAUGGAAGAUUUCGAUGUUUUCACUGAUGAAAUCAAAUUCACCAAGCCGUUGUACAAGAAUAUACUACACAAGUAUGCAUACGACAUAACACCAAACGGUCCAAAUUAUCAAAGUAGUAGAAAGUUAUUGGCGGAGGAGAGCCGCUCUGGUGACGAUGCAGGAUGUGCAUUAUUUGGCGAGGCUAUGUCUGCAACAUUACGCACCAUGGCAGUGUACAGGGAUGAACAGCAGAAGUUGGCACAAGACAAACUACGAAAAAUUACCAGUUUCAUAAAACCUGUGAAAGAUUUAAUUGAUGCCAAUCCAAUAUCUAAAACUGAGGAGAAAUUAUUAUUGGAUUUUUUCUCAAAUGACACUGAUGAUAUAACAGACAUUUUGAGUACAUUUGAAAUAAAUGAAGAGCCACCUCUCCACAGGAGAUAUCUCAAUUUUGGUUCAGUGAAUAAUGUUGACAACUUUCAGAAGAUACUCAGUGAAAUUCCUAAAGAAUGGACAGUCAUACAAUUGACAGCACCAUACAACCCAAAUGAAAAUCUUAAACCACUAGAAGAGUACAGAACGGAAAUAAGCUCAAUAUAUUUGAGCCUGUUCACUAAUGAUUACCUAGAGGAUUGUGGUCUUCCUCCAAUCACAGUGAACAUACCCAAUGUCCAUAAAGAAGGUGAAGACCCACUGUUCAAAGAAUUGUAUUCAUUAUUGGGCGAGAAUUAUAAAACCAUAGACAAUGCGCAAUUUCUUAAUAACAAGAGAUUGGUGCAGAAUUACUGGAACAAAAGGGAAGACAUUGAUUUGAGGAUGAAGAGUGUAAUAAAUGUGAUGGAUAAAGAGUGGCUCGGUGGUUGGGGCAGCCUGCUCACAGGAAAACUCGUGGACAAGGAUUUGAAACAGAAGGUCAUACAGUUGGUGGACAAUACCAUCACUGAUUGGGGUAUCAUCAAACUAACGAAAAAACAAAAAUUCCUUCUAUGCAAUCUCAUUGAGAGUUGCCCGACCUUAUCCUCUCAACAAAUCAAGUCCUGCAUCAGGAGAAUACUCACAGAACACGGCAACACUGAAGAUAUCCGUAAAGUAUUAAAAUGCUGCGAAAAUUGUACCAAAGAGUUUAAAUUCACGAAUGAGUUGUGUUUGAAAUGUCUGUCUAAAUGUUUUGAGAGUAUACACAACUUUACAUUGGUUGAUGGAAUCAAGGCUCUCUCAGCAACCGCCAAUCUUGUGAAGGAUGGUGAUGAGUUGUCUGCUUUGAAAAAAGCUAAACGACAUCCAGUGAUACUGAUUGUUGAUGAGCUACUAGACACAUUCCCAUGGGAGACUCUUCCUAUUCUGAACCACCAUCCGGUGUCCAGGAUGGAGAAUAUACAUUUCCUGUACUACUUAUACAAGAUACACGAGAAGCAGAUUGUCGACGGACAUUUUGUUGCUAAAUGUGAUGUCGGAAGAUAUGUUAUAAAUCCAGAGAAGAACCUAGACCGCAUGGAGAAGCGGAUGCGAUCAUUCGUGGAGUACUGGUGCAAGUCGUGGAGCGGUCACAUCGGGGAGACUCCCACUCCUGAAGACUUCCUCACGCACCUCACUGAGGCUGAUGUAUUCUUGUACUGCGGCCACGGCGACGGCUGCCAGUUCGGCAACGGAGGCGCGCGCGGCGUCGGCGUGGAGGGCGCGGCGGGCGCGCGCGCCGUCGCGCUGCUCGCCGGCUGCGGCUCCGCGCGCCUCGCGCCCGCACGCGCACGCGCGCCGCCCGCCGCCGCGCACCACCACCUGCACAUCGCGCACUGUCCCAUGGUGGUCGGCAUGCUGUGGGAAGUCACAGACCUGGAAGUGGACAAGGUGAUCAGCACGCUGAUGUCGCUGUACGUGCCGUCGGAUGCGCCGGUGCCGUGGCCCAGCGUCGGCAAGGCUAAAUGGAGUCAAGGGGUGUUGGACACAUCACCGACUGAACAGAAAACUCAAUUCAACCCGGAGAGGGAUUUGCUCCGAGCGAUAUGCAAGGCGCGCGGGUCCAGCAACUACAUUAUGAUUGCGACUAGCGUUGUAGCGAGGGGAUUGCCGGUUAGGAUAAGCGAUAAAUGAUACGCAGGUUUAUAUAGUGGAAUUUGUAAGUAUUUGUGCAUUGUGUUGGUGUAAAGUUGAUUGUGUAAACUAAAAAUGCUACAUUUUUUGGACUACUGUAAUAACCAUAGUGAAGGCAUAUUUUGUACUGUUUAGAAGGGUUAUAAAAUGAAUAAGAAUUUUGGCAAAUUUCCUAUACAGAAUUUGUCAAACCUUGAUGUUAAAAAAUUUGCUCUAAGUUAAAAUUAAGAUCACAUGAAAAUAUAAAUAUUAUUCCAUUAUAUUUUUUUAUUGUAUU